AUGCUACACGUCUAUCCAAAGACUUGUUUUCUACUCUGUUCCCUGUGGAUUCGUGCCAUGAAGGCCGCCGACUAUUAUUGUAACGUAGGAUAUGCAUUAGACACAGAUGGGAAAGCAGUGUGCGAGGCGGGAUAUCCUAACACACUCAGAUACAAAUGUGAAUUGGAUGAUUGUUACAUUUCAGAAGAGACCCCAACAUACAUUGUGAUGACUAAAUGUCAGCUCAUUAAAUCCAAUGGGUCAUUGGAUCCCGCCUUGACGAUUCAACAUUGCGAGCAAUAUCAAUAUGUUAAGGAUAAGAACAAUUAUAAUUGUUACACCGACAAAAAGGAUACUUAUGCUUGCGCCUAUACUCCCGGUUAUAUAGAUCCUAUAAGAUGUUCCACUUGCACACAGCUUCCAAAACAAGAUCCAUGA